AUGUCAGGGAAAGUGACGGAGGCCGGACAGCCCCACGAGCUCCAAGAGCAGCAGGUGCAGUGGCGAAAGCAGACGGCGUGCCUUGCCCCACCAUACAAGAUGAUUCUCAUGGUGGAGUACGACGUUGUGGUGGUGCUAGCGUUGAUGGUAAAGGUGCUGCUGUACGCUUUCACAUCUCGCCUAAACUAA